GGGCUGCAUAGCACUUAUACCCCUCUUUGUUUUCCCUGAUAUAUUUAAAAAUAAUAAAAUGAUUUCACACAGAAUGUCCCAAGGGGUACAAGAGCGAUAUGCUGAGCAUGUUCCCAGGGAUUCAGACGGAUGAUCUGCUGCUGAUCCCAACAUGUCAGAAUGCUGCCGUGGAUCUCAUCAGGCUUGGAGAUGACGUGGCACAGGAGAAGGAUCGACUGCUGGAAGUGUUUGUAAAUUGGGCGAAACUUGUUUGCGACAAGCUAAUGGCCCGAGGCUACUGGUGCGACUAUCUGGAUCCAGCAGCAGGCCUCCCGAUGAUUCACAAAGGGCCCAAUAACCCAUAUGGUGAGGUGGAAGCGCUGGGAACACUAUUGGGCUAUUCUUUUGCAAAUGCAGGCUGCUGCAAAGUGAUUUUACAUCCGAAGUGGGGUUCUUCUGUCUACCCAGCUUCAAUGUUUGCCAAAGCGCCUCUGGAAGUUUUGUUAGAAGUUAUCCGGGAAGUGGAGGCGGACUCUACUUCCCCUCUGUCAUCCAGCGCAGAACCGUCUGUUGCGAAUGGCAAAGAACUCUCCCCUUCGAAGAGGGAAGCAAAGACAUCAUUGGAACUUGACGAAGAGACCGCCGAACCAUCUAUUGAGAACAGCAAAGACGCCUCCCCUCUGGCAUCUACCAAGGUAGAAAUGGCGACAGCAGGAACGACAAAGACGCCUUGAUAUUCAGCUUCAGCACCAACAACUGCCGAGAUUCACUGUGUUGCUACCCUCCUCUGUCUCGAACCAAGGUGGAAAAUGUGGAAAAUGCAACAAGAGCGCAAACCACGACGGCGCCUUGAUUAUGCUCCAGGAACGGUUGUCGGUACUCUCCUCUGUCGUCGACCGGGGUGGAAUACGUGGCAAGAGGAACGAUGAUGACACACCUUGAUUAUGCGUAAGUCAGCAAGAUUGUGAAGCGACAUGUUGUCCUUAUUCUCCUCUGUCCUCACCGAGGUGGGAAAUGCAACACCAGCAGUGACGUCAACACCGAGUGCGAGUGUCAUUAUUCUCCUCAAGAUUAUGCCGUAUGCUUUAUUUUGGUAGUCUCAGGAAUUUCCAGUGUCGUUACUCUCCUCUGUCAUCGACAAAGACUAAUUUAAUUUCAACUAACCGUAACAACUAAUGGAUUAUAGACUAAGUUCAACUAACCGUAACAACUAACUGCAGUAAAAACCCAGUUUGAACUAACUCCAGCACCGUGGUUUAGAUUUGAACUAACUGUUACUAUGAACUAACUGCAGUAAAAACCCAGUUUGAAAUAACUCCAGUGUGGUUUAGAUUUGAUUGUCUUUUUUUCUAAGUUAACUGACAUUCUUGCACAGGAUUCCUCAUGGCCAGCCAGCCCGCCAGCCAGCCCGCCACACAAUUAUCGUUUAUGAUCGCAUUCAGAGAAUUUCAGUCCGAUUCAGUAUGACACCCGCCGCGCUUUCGUUCAUUUUGUUCAUUCAGUUGAAAUCAGUUUCGUUCCUUCACUUGCCAGAUCGAUUUCAUCGUUGAUUCUGGAUUCAACGACGGAAGUCCGAUUUUGUUAGCCAGGUUCGUGGAGCGCCGAAUUUUGGGAAUCGGCACCGUUCACAUUCAUCAGGUUCGUAAUGGAGAUCGGUAUCUGCAGCCGCUUCUUUAUCGGGACUCGUUCGUUUCGUUUCCAAGUCCAAACAUGCAAAGCUGCGAAGAUGUUAUUCAAUUAUUGAAUCAAAGUUAUCAAACACAUUUUUUUGAAACCACGAUGUUGAGCUUGGGAUUUGCCUGUGGAGGGAGUUUUUGCUAUUUUGGGAGUGUUUUUUGAAAUUUUCGGUCUCUUGGGGGGUGUUUCUUCCUCCCUUUGGGGGGUGUGCUGGGGUUUUGAGGUUCUCUUUUGGCCCUUUUGGGGGUGUUUUCCUGGUUAUGGGAGUGAUUUGGGCCUUUCUGGGGACUACGUUUUACGUUGUGGGGGUGUUUUUGGUCAUUCGGAGAUGUUUUUCCGCCUUGUGAAGAUCAGCUUGCAGAUUGAUGAAGGAGAAAGCUGGAAAAGGAGGUUUUCGGCGAAUCUCGAUGCCAUUUUUUUUUCGAUCUUAUCGACCGUCGAGGAUCGCUCAGGGUUGUCCGAAGUUUUUUCAACUUUUUUUUUCGAAGUAGUGGAGCGGCCAUAGCUGAUGGUGACUUGUCCGAAGUUUUUUCAACUUUUUUUUUCGAAGCCUGUUGUACUUCACCGACACUCAGACCGGGACUUCUUUACGUAUAUUUAUGGACGUAAUUGCGGGCAGAUACAUCCAGGUCACCCCAUAAAUGCCAUCAGAUGCAUCCAGUUCAGCCGGCACGUGUGGUCAGAUACAUUCACGAUAGGGCUGGGCUGGGCUGGACUGGUGUGAGUACGGUGUUAUGAACUGUUUCUUAUGUUUUUUCAACUUUUUCCGAUUGCUUUGCCAUA